CAUCCUUGUCUCUCUAUUAGGAUAGGGUGUGCAGCGGCAGAUGCAAGGGAGACCAGUGGGUUAUCUAAGCGAGGUGUGCUCACUUGGCCUGCCACUCUAACCGACACUUACAACUUAACCGACAACGACGACAAUAAUAGCAGAUUUUGUGCAGUUGUUUACCUGUGCAUACUGGAUGGAAAAGUGUUUCUUGUGCGAUCAUUUAAAUUUUUAUUAGUUCUCCGUUCGACUGAUUGUUAGGAUAUAUCAUCAACAUAUCAGCGGUCGACAUGUUGAGGCACACGGCAAAGCUCGGACGGGCUUUGGUUACCCGUAAGCUUGAGAAUGAAACUGUUUGUGUUUCGCCGAAGCGUCAGCUCAAUCUGCUCGAAAGUGAUUCGAUGACUAUACUUCGUGAAAAUGGAGUCAUGGUGCCCAAAUUUGGUGUCGCUACAAAUGCUUCGGAAGCCCGCAAGGUCGCUUUUUCGCUUGGAGCGAAAGACUUCGUUGUGAAAGCUCUAGUGCUUACGGGCGGCCGAGGCAAAGGCGUGUUUGAUUCUGGACUAAAGGGAGGUGUUAAAACUGUAUUUACCCCUGAGGAAGCGGAAAAGCUCGCACAACAGAUGAUUGGCCAUAAGCUAAUUACGAAACAGACCGGAGAGAAGGGUAUUCAGGUGAACAAGGUGAUGAUCAGUGAGCGGUUGUACAACCGACGUGAAUACUAUUUUGCCAUUAUGAUGGAGCGAAGCGCUAAUGGACCUAUAAUUGUUGCGUCAUCUCAGGGAGGCGUCAACAUUGAGGAGGUUGCCAAGGACAGCCCAGAAGCUAUCCUGACGCUCGCAUUGAAAGACGGCGUAAAAGAGGCCGAAACGCGUGAUUUCUGUCAGCGGCUUGGUUUCCAGGGCAAGAGCUUAGACGAAGCCACUGUGAUGGUCGAUAAACUAUACAAGGUGUUCUGCAAGUACGACGCGACCAUGAUAGAGAUCAACCCGAUGGUAGAAGAUAAUAAUGAUACCGUGUAUUGCCUCGAUGCCAAAUGUCGAUUCGAUGACAACGCUGAGUAUCGCCAGAAGUCACUAUUUGAGCUGCGCGAUUGGGACCAAGUAGACAUCCGGGAGAAAGAGGCCGCUCAAUACAACCUUAACUUUAUCGCGCUUGAUGGAGACAUUGGCUGUCUGGUCAAUGGAGCUGGUCUAGCCAUGGCUACCAUGGACAUUAUUAAACUACAUGGAGGAAGUCCCGCAAACUUCCUUGACGUCGGUGGAGGCGCCACUGCGCAACAGGUGACUGAAGCUUUCAAACUGAUCACGAGUGACCCAAAGGUACAGGCAAUUAUGGUGAAUAUCUUCGGGGGUAUUAUGCGCUGUGAUGUUAUCGCUGAAGGAGUUAUUAAAGCCGCUGAAACGCUUCAACUCAAAAUUCCCAUUGUAUGCCGUCUUCAAGGAACUCAGGUUGACGAUGCUAAGGCUCUAAUAGCUGCUUCAAAGCUGAAAAUCAUCGCAUGCGAUAACCUGGACGAGGCAGCCAAGAUGGCCGUCAAGCUUUCGCAGAUCGUAGGACUAGCAAGGAGUGCGGCGGUUGACGUCAAGUUUGAACUGCCCCUCUAGUCAUCUAAUUCGCCUAAGGAUUUCUCACCAUAGCAAGAACGAAAACAAAAGCAUACGUGGCUGAUUUUGACCAUGGGAGGUCACUACUUAAGGGUAUAUGUACAACGGGAGUGUUCGCAAUUGAUGUCGAAGAACAAGUGACUCUUCUAUUUAAUGCAAUCACUAAUAUUCACUGCACCUCGAUUUCUAAACCUGGUUAAUCAAUUUAACCGGAACAGAUAGACGUACAAAUUCUUUCAGCAGUUUACUAGUUAUCAAUGAAGAUGAGAACACUGAAUUGGCCGAGGAAAACUAAGUGGAAGCUCGGAGGUCGUCACUAGAAUAGAAAAAGGUAUAAACAGCAAAAGAGAGAUUCAAGUUGACGGUAGAAUUUUAAGCUAUCUUAAAUAAUGGACAAGAACGGCUAUAUUUAAUUAGCUUUCCAUGGAGGGCAUAUAUAACAGAAAAUAGGGAUCGCAACGAAGAAGGCAAUAGUAUAUAAUCAGUAGGGAUAAUAGGGUUCGAGUCACUGUCACUGCGCUAUUGGUAACGUAUCAAUGAAAUUGGCUCCCAGUCUAUACAAAGUUUACAUAAAUUAAACGCAAACUGUAACAGAUGGAUAGAUGUAAUGAUUUCUAUAGCGAUCGUAUUUUCUUUUUUUUUUUAUAUUGAUAAUAAUGCACAUAGCGUUGUGAGUCCCUUUAACUUCUUGUCGCCAGAACUACUAAGUCAUUUUCAUUUCAGCCACAUGAAAAAGGACGGCUGAAUAAGCAAAGCGACGCUCUCCACUUUGCGCAUCUACUAAGAAGGAUUGUUUUGGCUGUGUUACAUAGUGCUUUGUUACCCAAGAAUUAGCAUAUAUAGAAACGAAGAUUCCUAGGGUAUGGCAUAGAAUUGUCAAUAAUAAAUAUAUUGUUGUUUGUUCAUACACACAUUUAAUGAAUAUCUAAGAAUCGUUAAUUGCAGGUAUAUUUUAUUUAUAUAUACUAGACCUAUAUGCACCAACGCUUGUAAGCGUUGCUAGGCUCUGUUUGGUUUCUAGGUUUCCGGUUGUUUCCUUUCGCUUAACUUCUUUAUGCCGGUUACAUAUUGGGCGGAGUACGGUCAUGGUAAAAAAAUGCUAGCGACUCAUAGGUUGCGCCACUUGCGCCUUUGUUGGGCUGUUAUAAAUAUUGUGAUGACGGACAAGCUAAUAAGAAUGCUAUUGCUAUCAUGUUAUUAACUAAUAUUACGUAAUACUCAUAGUGCAUGGACCGAAAAACGUUUCUCGUACGAGUUUUUGCUUACGCAAGGUUAUCCCCUAAGAGGAGACAUGUUCAUUGCAUAUUACUGCGCUCAAAUUAAAAAAAUUACAUCGAACAGAACAAAAGCGAAAAAGAAAGAUAAAGCAUGAGCGAGUGGAGAAGGAUGAGUGUUAGAACUUGA